CUUGUAAAUCUGAUUUCCUUGUUUUAGUGUUGUGCUUGACGUCAUCAAUAAUUGCGUCCGGCUGAUCAGAGUUCUGUUUGUAAAAUUGCCCUGUAUUACUUCUGUUACUGCAGUUUUCUUAAAAUAGAUCAAAAAGUGAAGUUAAUCAAAAACAUUCAUGCCUUGAAGUGUUGAAGUGAUGCCCUAGUUUACAUUGGUUACAACAGAUCCCUUUGCAGAAAGAACACAAUGAAGGGCAAAGGGAAGGGAGCUCAGGACAAAGAAUGCCCACUUAUGUUUCCUGACUUGGAACCAGUUGAUCAUGUGAAACAGUGUCCGAGAUAUACAGCUAUUUUGUCUCGAGGGGAGGGAGAAACUGUUGGUUUGGAAGAAUUAGAUGUUAUACAGGCAGAUUUAGAGACACUGUUAGCAAAUGCUGGAAAACGACUCAAAGUGUUGGAAAAUGAGAUGCAGUUGCUGACAAACUGGCAGGAAAAAUCAGGAGAAAUUAAACCAGUGGGAAAAGUUAAAGGAGGAAAAGUGCAACCUGAAACUCCAAGUAAACGAAGUAAAGCAGCUGAAGAUAAACCCAGCAAGAAGUUCAAAGAAACAAGUGGGAAAGCCUCGACUGUCCUGUCAGGGGGUAAAUUGAAGACUAAACUGUCACAGGUCAAACCACCAGAUCAUGUUGAUCAUCUAGAACCAAACCCUAUUGAAAUACCCAAACUUCCCAAGAACAAUGCUGUGAACAAAUUCUGGACAUCAGUAGAGCCCUACUGUGCCGAUAUAUCAAAUGAUGACAUUAAGUUUCUUGAAGAACUCAUUAGAUCUCACGAGGAUGAUUCAGAAUAUUUUAAGGUUCCAUCUCUAGGCAUGCAUUAUACAGAGAAAUGGGCAGAGGAAGAUUUGAUUGAGGAACAAAAACAAGGUUCAAAGAUAAGUGACAAACGGAAUGGAGUGGCAGAUACAAAUGGAGCAACAACAUUACUAAAGACAGCAGAAGCUGGACUACAUGAUGAGUCUCCAUUUGGACCUCUGACACAGAGACUCGUGUCUGCCCUUAUAGAAGAGAACAUCAUGACCCCAAUUGAUGAUGAGAUGGAUGAUGUAUAUCCGGAAGAUGAAUCUCUGAAUGAGUCUGCAGCUAUUUCACCAAAGGAAUUGGCCAAACAGCUGAACCUUGGUAAUCCGUCCCACCUUGAGAAGAGGAUAAAAAGAGAAUUAGAAGAACAAGGUAUUUUAGACUUUGAAGAGGAUGAUGAAGAUGAUGAGAAUGAUGAAAUACUGCGUGAACUCCGAGCCAAGCAGGCAGAAUUGAAGGUCAUUUGUCAACACAAUAUUAUGUCAACAAAGAGAUUAUACAAAUUGGCAAAGGAAGAAAUGGCCAAACAAGAACUAAAACGGAAGUUGGCUGUAUCUGAUUCAGAGGUCAUGGAUGCUUAUCGGAAGGUACAGCUAACAAAGCAGAAGAAGAAAACACCAACAAAGAAGGAACGUGAUGCAGUGAUAAAAGCACUGAAAGACAGGGAACUGCUUAUGAAGCAGAUUGAUAUCAAUGUGUAGGGAUAUAACUGGACCUAUAGUGUAGAUAAAAUAGCAUCAUGGGAAAAGGUGUCAUAUUGAAGCUUUCAAAAAUGUUUUGGUGAGAAAUCUUGUUUUCUGUAAUUAUCAGAGUGCAAGAUUCCUUAUGGAGAAGUUGGUAGCUGAUCAGAAUGACAUUUAAUAAUGAAAAAGUGAGAGACAAGUUUCUGAUGGUGAGAAUUACACUUUUAUAGAGUAAUACAGGUAGUUUAUAUUGAGUAUUUAUAAGUCACAAGUCUAAAACUUUUUCUCUAGAUGUUGAAAGCAGGAGCAGUUUUUGAAAGAGUAGAAAUGACUGGAGUAGAAAAUGUUAAAAGACUAGGUUGCCUUCACCAAUAUGGGUUCGAAAUACUGUUUUGGGUAUACAGUCCUUCAUGUGAGGAAACCAUCCAGUUUGGUAAUCCAAGGUCAUUGGAUCUACAGAUAUUCUUGCCUCUAAUUGAAAUAACGCCUGUGGAUGCACCUGGUGUCUUCCUCCAUUGUCAGAAGCUGGAGAAAUGGUCACAUGACCUUAGAUUUUGUUAGUGUGACUCUUAACCCAACAAAAACAAAGAAAGAAAGUCUAAAAACUGCCCGCCGUUACAUGACUGAAAUACUGUUGAAAAACGGCGUUAAACCCAAAACAAACAAAAACAAAAUCAUCAGCAUUGUUGCCUGUGUCAGUAUCAUCACUAGCUACAUCUUCACUGUCUUCUUGCUAACUUUGUGUCUCAACUGGUAAUUUCUAUAUCUUUACCAGUGGCAUUCUCAGCAUCCUCAUAAUUAUAAAUAUCAUAAUCAUUAUGGUCAGUAUCAUGACCUUCAUGAUCACUAUUUAUAACCAUCAUCAUCAUCAUUAUUAUGAACUGCAUAAAUACUGUAUAUAUUAUUUGUUUCAUCUACAUAGUCAGUAUCAUCAUUAUGAACAACUGUUCCAUCAUCACCUUCCCAUCAUGAAGAACUACUGACAUGUUAUCAGUAUUGGGAUAGUGGUAAUGGUUCUUGUCUUUCCCGAGACUGCAUUGGCAGAAGAAAGGAAAGACUACUGUGAUGUAUGAAUUAUUUUGAAUGUCCUCUAAUAGAUUUCAGUAGAGUUUGGUUGCUUGGCUACACAUCUUAAAACAGAUAAACCUAUAAUUUAGAUUGAUUUUGCUGACCUUUACUUUUUCAGUGGUUCUGCUCAGCUGUUAAAUUUAACAGAAACACAGAAAAUGCUUUAUAAAUUUUCAUCAUUGUUAUAUGAGUAAUAUUUGAAUUAAAUUCUUUUAGUGUCUGUCAAACUGUUCACCUUCUUUCAGCGGAAACUAAAAAUAACAAAAAAACUUGGCAGACAUCAAGAUUUUGAUUGACUCAGAUUGUAUAAAAUACUUACGUGCCCCUUUUGCCAAGUAAUGAACUGAAAUUCAGGUGAACGAUUUUAAUAGGGCCAUUAGACCCUCUUGUUGAAUUAUUGUGUUCAUACUUUUGUACAUUUUCAAUUAAAUGUGGUAGAGAUAAUAAAUUUUAAGCAAA